CAUGCUGCUUAGGACCUUGUUGUGUCCGAAAGUCCGUGUGUCAACAUCCACAUCGCCUCUCAGUCUUUCACUCUCAACUCGUUAUUUCUCAUCAAAAAUGGCCCUUUCUUCGGAAGUUAAACCACAAACGCAGGCUUCCGCCGACGAGAACAGCCUUCUCAACCAACGUCUCUCAAUGAUUACCACUGCUAUCCCGAUAUCAACUCCUGGAGCUCUUGCUGCGCAUGGUGAAAAAGCCACCUUGAAAUCUCUAAAGUCCCCUAUCCUGCCAGGCGAGCUAUCGGUCAUCGAGAGAUCGAAGCAAUUAGCAGCGUGGACUGCUGUCGACGACUACGUGAAGCCUCACUUCCGGGUCAUUGGGAUAGGUUCUGGGUCGACUGUGCCAUAUGUUGUUGAAAGGAUCGUCAGCCAAGGAGCAGAAGCCAACAAGGACCGUGUUUACAUUCCGACAGGUUUCCAGUCAAGGGAACUCAUAGUUGCAUCUGGUCUCAAUUUGGGAGAUGUAGAUCAGUACCCCGCCAUCGAUGUGACCUUGGAUGGUGCUGACGAGGUGGACAUUCAAUUAAAUUGCAUCAAAGGUGGCGGGGCUUGCCAUCUACGGGAGAAGGUCAUCGCAGAGGCUGCGCGAACAUUCAUCCUGGUCGCUGACUAUCGCAAGAAUGUGGAACGACUGGGCACGAAUUUCAAGGCCGGUGUUCCUAUUGAAGUUGUACCAUUUGCCUAUGCAAAAGUACUGGGAAACUUACGUACCGUUAUUGGUUCCCCGAAAGCCCAUUUACGAAUGGCGGUCGCUAAAGCGGGACCUGUCGUCACAGACAACGGAAAUUUUGUAAUAGAUGCACCGUUUGACGAGGAGACGAUGAAAGAUCCCUACACUAUAAUGGCACGGAUCAAGAUGUUGACCGGAGUAGUUGAGGUCGGGCUGUUCUGUCAUAUGGCAACGGCAGCCUACUUUGGAAACCAGGACGGUAGUGUUACUGUCAAAACCAACGAUGGUAAAGUGAAGCAAGUUCAAAGCAGCCGGUAAUUAGGAAAUAUGAUUCACACCUAGAAACGACGUCAACGGCCGAGGCGGAUGAAUAGUUAGAAAUGUUGUGUGUAGAAUAGAGUACAAUAUCUAUUGCGGUAAAUGUAAGAUACUUUCUAGUCCAACGACCGG